GUUGGAACUAGCCGGCUGUUUCGCUCGAUUCGCCGCCCGCGCACGUUUUACUAAACUUUCUUAAUAUUUUUUUUUUGAACCAAGCGAUUAUUUUAUUGGAAUAUAAGCUGGCUGUGAUAUAUUGGCAUUUUUUCCGGUUUGGUUUCCUCAUAUUUUUUGAAGAUUGUGAAAAUGUGGAUUAUGUGAGAGAGGUCUCGAUAAGCAUGACAUCGUUAGUGCGAUAUUUGAAAUCUCCUUCAAUACUAAAAUAUGCCUAGGUGGUUCGGUCCUAGCAAAGCGACGAAUGCAUCUCAAAUACCGGGUUCCAUUGCACAAGGCAAGCAUGAAGGAAGAAUCACCGACGAUCCUUUGGCCACCAUAGAAACGGAGCAAAAGGACCCGAAAAAAAUUUAUUCCGUUAGCAGGUCAGUCUUCUUACCAAGAGUAUCUCUCAAGAACUGCACUUUUUCCGCUGACUCCACGAUUCUUGGGGGAGGGGUGAACCCAUUAUUUUUGGAUAGCACAACGAAUGUACCCCAAAAACCACCGUCACUGCCAAUCAGGCCGCCCCGGUCGCGAGAAAAAUCCUCAUCAUCGGGAUACGGUGACAGCAACACGGACAGCUGCCAUGAUCCCUAUCAGGAGCACCUCAAAAUAAUGGAGGAAGUCGGCGUUUUACUCGAACAAAAUCCCGCUUUCGUCAAAUCCAUCCAAAUAGCUACUAGAGGGGUGAAAUCCAAAAAAUCAGUGCCAUUUCAAUCGAAUUCGUCGGGAGAAGGAACGCUUACUACCAUCCACGAAGGAGAAGUGGACCUUCCUGUACCACGACCCAUUUGGCCAUUAAACGACAAAUACGAUUCGCUAGUGGACGAUGCUCUUCUACUCUAUACUAGUUUAAAUUACAGACCUGAUAACUCCAAACCGCUCGAUGCCUGCAUAGACAUAUCAGUCAAGGAUUUAUUACUGGAAAUUCUUAAUGGAAUUAACGAAACGCUGGAAGGCAAAAAUGCAACGACCGCAGAAAAUAUGCUCAAAAUCAUCGACGAAAGGAUUCGCCUGAAAUUAGAAGUCCUGAAGGCUUCGACCGAGGAGGAAAUGAAACGGCUCUGCGUAAACCUGACCAAUUGCCGUAAAAAAAAUUCCGCCCUGAAGGCUCUCAGUAAUUCCACGUCGAGCGGAAACUCCAGCAAAACAUCGAACAGCAGAAUAAGAACGUUGUCUUCGGAAACCGAGGAAGUUUACGAACUACCGUCGAGAUCGUCCAGUAGUGGUUUCAGUGAUUCCCUUAAAGAACCCCAAAAUAUGCCAGUGUUUGUUCACGAUAAUUUAGUUAACGUGCCCAAUAUAAUUAGAAACGCGUUGAUAUACGGAACUCUCUGUCGAACGAAGACCGGCCACGACGGUCUGCUCAAGAAAACGAAGAAAAUCGGAACGCUGACGAGGAAAACGAGGGCUGUGAGUGACAACAAACCAAGCGUUUGGGAGCAAUAUUAUGGAGUAAAGGCUGUAGAAGAAGGCGACGUUAGAUACCCAACAAAACCAACAGAUGUCCCUUUAUAUCCCGGCGGUCGUCCGGAAGCCGACUUCACAUUGGACGUACCGAGAUCGGAGCAUCUAUUGAAGCGCAUGAAGAACGACAAAAAGUGGCGGUGUCGUUGCAGAUUGCUCACUUCUUUUUUCGGUCUGGUGUUUUUCCUGCUGUCCGUUAUGGCCGUGAGUUUGAUUCUCACGAGAGGCAAAAGAAUGUUCGGGUCUAUGGUUUAAAAUUUUCGCCCGGUGCUCAUAUGUAAAUUAGGCUCUUUAAAUAGUUACCAAUAGGUAUUGAUUCCGAUUGGAAUUAACUAGUUGUGAUAAAGUAGAUAUAGCUUUUCAUCUUUCUAUAACCUAGUACUUGUGAUGUCAUUUUAAUAUUUAUGUGUAAUUUAUAAUUUUAUUUUUAAUUCAGUAGUUGAGUUUUAACUGUAU